GGAGAACCCCUGCGGAUACAUGUACCUACGUUGCCUUAACCCCGAAAGGAUGCUCAGUGUAAGAAAAGGAAAGACAGCAAGUCAAACUGGGGUCGCCUCAUAUUACACCAGCGCUGACAUGCGAUGCUGAAAAGACUCUCUCAUGGGACGGAGUGGUGGAACCUCAGUGGUGUGGAGAUGUUCAGAAAGAGACCCCCUCCAGAGGAGGAGAGGAAGGUGCGAGCCAAUGGCAGGGAGUACAAUGAGAAGUUCCAGUAUGCGAGUAACUGCAUCAUGACGUCAAAGUAUAAUGUAAUCACCUUCCUGCCGGUCAAUCUCUUUGAGCAGUUCCAGGAAGUGGCCAACACCUACUUCCUGUUUCUGCUCAUCUUGCAGUUGAUUCCUCAGAUCUCAUCUCUCUCCUGGUUCACCACCAUAGUGCCUUUAGUACUGGUGCUUAGCAUUACUGCUGUCAAGGACGCCACUGAUGACUAUUUCCGUCACAAGAGUGACAACCAGGUGAAUAACCGUCAGUCUCAGGUGCUCAUCAGUGGCAUUCUUCAGAAGGAGAAAUGGAUGAAUGUAAGAGUGGGUGAUAUCAUCAAACUGGAGAAUAACCAGUUUGUGGCAGCUGACCUGCUUCUGCUCUCCAGCAGUGAACCUCAUGGCCUGUGCUACAUCGAGACAGCUGAACUAGAUGGGGAGACCAACAUGAAGGUCCGCCAGUCUCUGUCAGUCACCUCAGAGCUGGGAGACCCUAACAACCUGGCCCAGUUUGAUGGAGAGGUGGUGUGUGAGCCCCCCAACAACAAGCUGGACCGCUUCUGUGGGACGCUGUACUGGAGGGAGAGCAAGUACCCGCUGAGCAACCAGAACAUGCUGCUGCGCGGCUGUGUGCUCCGCAACACAGAGUACUGCUACGGCCUCGUCAUCUUCGCAGGUCCUGAUACUAAGCUGAUGCAGAAUAGUGGGCGCACAAAGUUCAAGAGGACCAGCAUCGACCGCCUUAUGAACACACUAGUGCUCUGGAUCUUUGGCUUCCUGGUGUGCAUGGGGGUGAUUCUGGCCGUGGGCAACGCCGUGUGGGAGCGGGAGGUGGGCACCUUGUUCCAGAGCUUCCUGCCCUGGGACCCGCCGGUCAACAACUUCCUGUUCUCUGCCUUCCUGUCCUUCUGGUCCUAUGUCAUCAUCCUCAACACCGUGGUGCCCAUCUCCCUCUACGUCAGUGUGGAGGUGAUCCGGCUGGGCCACAGUUACUUCAUCAACUGGGACCGGCGGAUGUUCUGUAGCCGUAGCAACACGGCGGCGGAGGCGCGCACCACCACGCUGAACGAGGAGCUGGGCCAGGUGGAGUACAUCUUCAGCGACAAGACCGGCACGCUCACGCAGAACAUCAUGACCUUCAACAAGUGCUCCAUCAACGGCCACGCUUACGGUGAUGUUGAUCCUGUUGGAGCCCAGGGCAAGAGGCCGCAGCCCCUGGACUUCUCCGUGUGGAACCCGCUGGCUGACGGGGGUCUGUGUUUCUACGACGCCUCUCUGCUGGAGGCGGUGAAGACGGGCGAGCCGGCCGCUCACGAGUUCUUCAGGCUGCUCUCCCUCUGCCACACCGUCAUGAGCGAGGAGAAGAGAGAGGGGGCGUUGGUUUAUAAGGCGCAGUCUCCGGACGAGGGCGCUCUGGUGACCGCCGCGCGCAACUUUGGCUUCGUGUUCCGCUCUCGCACGCCGGGCACCAUCACCGUGCACGAGAUGGGCCGACCCGUCACGUACACUCUCCUCGCCAUCCUCGACUUCAACAACAUCCGCAAGAGGAUGUCUGUCAUAGUGAGAAACCCAGAGGGCCGAAUCCGUUUGUACUGUAAAGGAGCAGACACUGUGCUAUUUGAGAGACUUCACCCCUGCAACCACGAGCUCAUGAAUAUCACCUCAGACCAUCUCAAUGAGUAUGCGUCUGACGGACUGCGCACGCUGGCCCUGGCCUACCGGGACCUGUCUGAGGAGGAGUGGGAGGAGUGGUCCGAGCAUUACCGUGGCGCUGGAAAAGCAGCGGACUGCAGAGAGGACCGCUUAGCUGCCGCCUACGAGCAGAUUGAACAGGACAUGAUGUUACUAGGAGCCACAGCCAUAGAAGACAAGCUUCAGGAGGGUGUGCCUGAGACCAUUGCUAUCCUCUCCCUCGCCAACAUUAAGAUCUGGGUGCUCACUGGAGACAAGCAGGAGACUGCGGUGAACAUUGGUUACUCCUGUAAAAUGUUGACCGAUAACAUGACUGAGAUCUUCAUCAUCAACGGCCACACAGUCCAGAGCGUCAGAGAAGAGCUCAGACGAGCGAGGGAGAGGAUGGUGGCCCACUCCAGAGAAGGGGGGAAAGGAGAGGAGGCCGAAGGCUGGUCCCAGGCCUGCUCCGUGGGCAACGGUGUCGGGGGUGGCGACCCAGCGGGCUGGCCCCACCCCCAGGAGAAGGAGAAGCAGGGGAGCGGCGGCCCAGGCCCCUCGCUACUGGAGUCCAUCUCUGGGGAGUUCGCCCUGGUCAUCAGCGGACACAGCCUGGCCCAUGCACUGGAGGGCGACAUGGAGUAUGAGUUUGUGGAGACGGCGUGCGCGUGCCGGGCGGUCAUCUGUUGCCGGGUGACGCCGCUGCAGAAGGCCCUGGUGGUGGAGCUCAUCAAGCGCCACAAGAAGGCCGUCACGCUGGCCAUCGGCGACGGAGCCAACGACGUCAGCAUGAUCAAAACCGCUCACAUUGGCGUGGGCAUCAGUGGGCAAGAGGGCAUCCAGGCGGUGUUGGCGUCGGACUACUCCUUCUCGCAGUUCCGCUUCCUGCAGCGGCUGCUGCUGGUGCACGGGCGCUGGUCCUACCUGCGCAUGUGCCGCUUCCUCUGCUACUUCUUCUACAAGAACUUCGCCUUCACCAUGGUGCACUUCUGGUUCGGCUUCUUCUGCGGCUUCUCCGCCCAGACGGUGUAUGAUCAGUACUUCAUCACGCUCUAUAAUAUAGUGUACACUUCUCUGCCUGUGCUGGCUAUGGGCAUAUUCGACCAGGAUGUCCCUGAGCAGCGGAGCCUGGAGUACCCCAAGCUCUAUGAGCCGGGCCAGCUGAACCUGCUGUUCAACAAGCGUGAGUUCUUCAUCUGCAUCGCGCAGGGCAUCUACACCAGCGUGGUGCUCUUCUUCGUGCCCUACGGCGUGCUUGCCCACGCCACCCAGAGCACCGGCGUGCCCCUCGCCGACUACCAGACCUUCGCCGUCACCACCGCCACCGCCCUCGUCAUUGUCGUCAGCGUGCAGAUUGCGCUGGACACAGGCUUCUGGACGGCCAUCAACCACUUCUUCGUGUGGGGCUCGCUGGGCUCCUACUUCACCAUCCUCUUCAUCAUGCACAGCAGCUUCCUCUUCAGCAUCUUCCCCAAGCAGUUCCACUUCCUGGGAAGUGCCCAGAACACAUUAGAGCAGCCAGUGGUGUGGCUGACCAUCGCCUUGGCGACUGUGAUCUGCAUCGCUCCUGUUCUCGCCUUCCGCUUUCUCAAACUGGACCUGAAACCUCAGCUCUCAGACACGGUGCGCUACACCCAGCUGGUGCAUCAGAAGAAGCGCAAGCCCGGCGGGCGGGACGGGCGCGGCGUGGGCAUCUCGGGCGUGGGGCUGGGCGUGGGGGCGCUGGGCCGCCUGGGCCGCAGCGCCUCGCGCCGCUCGGGCUACGCGUUCGCCCACCAGGAGGGCUUCGGCGAGCUCAUCACGUCGGGCAAGAACAUGCGGCUGAGCUCCCUGGCCCUGGCCACCUUCGCCUCGCGCCACAGCUCCAGCUGGAUCGACACGCUGCGCAAGAAGAAGCACGCUAGCUCGGCUAACGCUAGCAUCAACUCCGCCAGCGCCAGCUCUUCCAACGACGGCGCUAGCUCCGUGAGCGCUGGCGCUAACGGACAGCCUCACGCGGCGUCGGCGCCGGCCCUCUCCAACUCCUCCUCGCUCAGCGGCUCGCAGGACGCGCCUCCUGAAGACGUGGGAGUCUCGAACGCGCCGGAGGGGGGGGUCGCCAGAGACGCGGGUCACAGUGGCACGACGAGCCACGGCAACGGAGGCACUCUGGUCACCAGUCCUGAAGCGGAGAUCGGAGGGUGCAGUCUUGGGGCAGUGCAGGAGGCGCUGUUCGGCUGGAGGGGAGUGGGAGCGCGUGUGAGCGGAGCCAGCAGCCCAGGCCCGCCCCCCAUCAUGGAGGAAAGUAGCCCGACCGAGUGACCAGCUGAUUGACAGGCCAAUGAGCCAAUUGAGGGGAAAGAAGUCAGAGUGAGGAGUACUCUGGAUUGCCAUUUCCCGCGCUGACUGAAGUUGGUUACCUGCUCAUUGGACGAGGGGAGGCCGGGAUGCAGCAUUAGCCAUUUAGACCGGGAGACUGGUGCGUGUGUGUGUGUGUGUGUGUGUGUGUGUGUGUGCAGACACACACAAAGACAAACACACACGUGGACUUUGGUUGUGGACGUGGUUCGAGUAUUGUACACACUACCAAAACAAGACACCUAUGUGCUUUGCAUUGCAGCAAACAAAAAACUUGAAGUAAACAUGUGAAAACACUGUUACUCAUCAUCUCUCGUUUCCCACACACUGCACACAGUCACACCUGUGGCCUGUGGUGUUAUGUAUUCAAACAUAUCUAAGGAUCACCUGUUCCCCAGCCAUUCCUACAGACAAGGUGAUGUGUACACCCCCCCACCCCACCCACCCCCACUCCCCUAAUAAGUCAGAGCGAUGUCUUGCUAAUAACUGGGCGAGUGCCAGAGUUCAUCAACAAUGGAACAGAAAGGGAGAGUCUCUAAUAGAGAGGAUUUCCUGUUUGUUUGGCUGGUUCAGUGACUUCAGCCUGGAGAAUGUUUUGGCCAUAGAGGUGUGUGUGUGUGUGUGUGUGUGUGUGUGUGUGUGUGUGUGUGUGUGUGUGUGUGUGUGUGUGUGUGUGUGUGUGUGUGUGUGUGUGUGUGUGUGUGUGUGUGUGUGUGUGUGUGUGUGUGUGUGUGUGUGUGUGUUCUCUGAUAUUUAACUCAAGGCUACUGUUAUGUAAGGGAUAAUGUAUAGAACGCUGGUCAUUAUCAGGAAAAUAAGUACCGACAGUGCGAACCGGUCUUGUUUCGCCCUGAAGGUACUUCAUUUCCUGACAAUAACCUGCGUCCUGUACAUUAUCCCGCUUAUUAUAUGGCUACUUGCCAAAACGAGAAAAGAAACGUACCACAGUGUGUCUGUAGCAAUGACUUACAGUAGCUACCGUUUUGUGGCUUCCGCUAACAAAAUAAAUAGUGCGCCACACAAAUAGUUUCAGAUGUUGCUUGGCAACGUCUAACUAGCUGUCUUUCACUUUCAAUGAAAUUCCAUUGCAGAGUGAUAUGAAAGACCUGAAGUAGAAGCACAAACUCUGUUGUCAUUGACAGCGGUCAUUAUUUUUUCCAGAGGUCCUCUAUCAAGAAAUAAUGACCGGUAGAACGUCGGGAAAUCCCAUUCAAGUCAAUGGAGCAUUCUACUUGCAUUGUGAAGAGCCGUAUAAUAAGCACCCAUAGUCCACCAUCACAGCCUCAUUUCACUCCGGUUGUCCUGUUCAGAUAAACAACAGAUCCUUUACAACUUGGAUUGUGAUCACUCUGUGCUUCUGUACAUGUGUUCAUUGUCUGUGAAAUUUGAUCUUGAAUUUGAACUUCAUCUCCAUAGCCUUUCUAAAGCCUUGCAACACAGUGUCCAAAAAACUAUGUGGUAAGACCCUCCACUGCUUUCAAAAGGACCUUGACCCCCCCCCCCCCCCCACACACACACACACACACACACCCUUGACCCCCCCCAGCAAUAGCUUGUUCUGGUGUAGUUGGUCUUUAACAGACCUACUGUUCCAUUCAUUCUGCAAAGGCUUUCCGUUUCCUGGGUGAGAGAACAUACGCUUGCCUAAGCUACCCAUUCAUUCAGACGUUUCAGCUUCACAUUUGAUGCUGUGUUAGAUGCCGUUUAGAUUGCUGGGUGUGUUUCAGAGGUACAAAUAAGAGGGGAAGACUGUAUGCACACCUCACUAAACUCCGGUGAUCUGUUAAUCCUUUUAGCAACAGCUUUAAAAGGUAUUCAUAUCACGUCUCCCCACCCUUGCUAAUGUAGAAAUGCACACAAAGAUAUUUUGGUAUUUUAAUGUCCGAAAAAUGGACAGUGGAGCUGUAACAAUAACUGUGAAGGGAUAGACAAGGUAGUUGGGCAUUGACUACCUUGAGUAUUCUGUAAACAGUGUUUGUGAUGGCAAGGUACAUCUCCCACAAAAUGAAGUAUCUGAAUGAUGAACUUGCUGCCUAUUGGAGCGUGACCCAUCACUCGAGAAGAUGGACAGUUGGAUCAGCCAAACCCUGGCCUCAGAUGACUCUGGUGACUCCCAUCGGCAGCACUGGACAACAAAGACUGGAUGUAGACUGUGCUCUGUGUAAAUGUGUGGAUGUCCUCCGUGUGUGUGUGUGUGUGUGUGUGUGUGUGUGUGUGUGUGUGUGUGUGUGUGUGUGUGUGUGUGUGUGUGUGUGUGUGUGUGUGUGUGUGUGUGUGUGUGUGUGUGUGUGUGUGUGUGUGUGUGUGUGCGUGCGUAUGUGUGUUUGCUCUUUAUAGUUCUUAAUGAGAACGUGUUAAUUAAGGACUUGGCCAGGCUCCGAUCCUCAGCCUGCUGCUUUGUUAUUCGCCAUAUUGGUGCCUCCUGGUGUUCCUCUGUUUGCGCUGGCUGGACACCUCGUGCCAGCUCAAGUGGCUUUUGGGGUAUAUCUCUGGACAUUCUCUACCGACACAGAGCACAGAGGUGUCGGGCAUUCACAAGAACUCAAAUCAGCCCUUAAUGGACCAUUGAAGCCAAGUCUCUCUGUUUCCACUGAGGGUAUAUGCCAACAUGCUAGUCUGUGCAGGGCACUCAUUUUUCCCCAAUAUGUGACUGUAAAAAAAAAGCCUACAUCCUUAAUACAUGAUAAGUGCAUUCAGAAGAUGAAGCAUUAAAAGCGUUGCUAUCAAAAUAUAAAUCUUGUAUGGCUCUUUCCAGCAAUAUCUGUGUGGUGUGAAUGUUUAGGAACACACUGCUUAAAUGUGUGCAUAUUUGUAGCAAUAUAUGAUUAGUUAAGUGAUUAAAUGAUUUUAGGAGGUGUUCAAAGUGCUGUAAUUCAUAAUAAAUGCCUUACAAUGCGAUGGGAAUACACUUAUUAUGCGUUAUAGCUGUAGGCUUUAUAAAUGUCUUGAUUGUGUAUGGACAAUAAUGUUAAGGGAAAGGGGAACUGAUGGAUUUCUGAUGAGAGAAAUAGUGUUGUGAGAGUUAUUAUUUUAAUAUGGAGACGCUUGCUUAUGCACAAACUAUUACAAGGACUGAGCUCCACUCAAUUACCCUGACCCAUCCUGAAUGUGUUCCACUGUGGCCAAACAGACGUAUGGACAAAAGCCUAAAUGUCAGUUGAUGUUGGUAUGAUGAACAACAGCAUUCAUUAUUAGCCUCCUAGGAAUAUAACCACCCAAUUUGAAUAUGAAACUGGCCUGCGGUAGUGGAACGUUGCGCUUACUCAUCCCCAUUAGCCUACACCAAAACACCAUAUGUCAUAUUUUCAGUUGAGCCCAUGUUUCCACUGUAAAUGUCUUCAAAUACGUGAACACAAAAUACCGGUCGAUUGAGUGGAGAGUGAUGUGUUCCAAACGUUAUGCAGCCGCACUAUCGCGGGUGAGGGAGUCUAUCACAUCCUGUUUGGGAGGUACCCGGAGUGGCUUUGUAUAAAUCCAACCAAUUCAUGUUGGAU